AUGCAGGCUUUCGUGAAAACCCUAACGGGGAAGACAAUCACUCUCGAGGUCGAGAGCAGCGACACCAUCGACAAUGUCAAGGCCAAGAUCCAAGACAAGGAAGGCAUCCUCCCGGACCAGCAGCGUUUGAUUUUAGCCGGAAAGCAGCUUGAAGACAGCCGCACCUUGGCCGAAUUUAACAUCCAGAAAGAGUCGACUCUUCAUCUGGUCCUACGAAUCCGCCGCAAGAUGCAGAUUUUCGUGAAAACCCUAACGGGGAAGACCAUCACUCUCGAGGUCGAGAGCAGCGACACCAUCGACAAUGUCAAGGCCAAGAUCCAAGACAAGGAAGGCAUUCCUCCGGACCAGCAGCGUUUGAUUUUCGCCGGAAAGCAGCUCGAAGACGGCCGCACCUUGGCCGACUACAACAUCCAGAAAGAGUCGACUCUUCAUCUGGUGCUGAGGCUCCGUGGAGGUAUCAUCGAGCCUUCCUUGAUGGCCUUGGCUCGCAAGUACAAUCAGGAGAAGAUGAUUUGCAGAAAAUGUUAUGCUCGUCUACACCCAAGGGCUGUCAACUGUAGGAAGAAGAAGUGUGGCCACAGCAAUCAGUUGAGGCCAAAGAAGAAGAUCAAGUAAAACUGCUCGAAGGUCUAGGCUUGAGUUUGAAGUUUAUAUUUUGGUUCUACCUUUUUUGAUAAAUCAGAAUUUGCUUUGUCCAAUAGUGGAAUCAUUGUAGUUUAUAUUAACCCUACUGGAUUUGGGAUGAAUUUCAUGUUUGAUAAUAUUCUACCAUAAACACUUUGACAAAUUUUUACGGUUCUUUAUUUUGUCA